AUGUCAGGAAAGGCCACCGCCGUGGCCUACCAUGCUCCAGAAGAACAAGAAGGACUUAUAAUUGUGAGGGUUGAAGAAGAGAAUUUUGUUUGGGGGCAGGACUUUGGCCUUCAGGGAAACACCUGUAGUCAGGAGACCUCCCGCCAGCGGUAGCAGUUUGGUUACUCUGACUCUGCUGGGCCCCGAGAGGCUCUGAACCAGCUCCGGGAGCUUUGCUGUCAGUGGCUGAGGCCCGAGGUGUACACCAAGGAGCAGAUCCUGGAGUUGCUGGUGCUGGAGCAGUUCCUGGCCAUCCUGCCAAAGAAGCUGCAGGCCUGGCUGCGAGAGCACCAACCAGAGAAUGGAGAGGAAGCUGUGGCUAUGCUGGAGGAACUGGGGAAAGAGCUCGGUGAACCAAGGCAGCAGGACACAGCCCAUAGCCAAGGAAUGAUCUGGAAGGAAAUGAUAUCCAUGGGAGCAGUGAAGUCUCUGAGUAUCCAGCUCCUGCCCUUGGAGAAUCAGAGCAAGAGUGAGACUCAGGAGCCCCGGGCUUGCCACGAGCGAGGAGAGGAGCCAGUCCAUUUGGGGAUGAGGAGGGAGACAUCAGAGAUUCAUACUGGAGAGAGACCUUAUGCAUGUAAAGAAUGUGGCAAAUCCUUUAAUUUGAGCUCAGACCUUGUUAGACAUCAGAGAAUUCAAAAUGGAGAAAAACCCUAUGAAUGCUGUGAACAUGGAAAAGCUUUCAGGGGCAGCUCAGAGCUCAUCAAGCAUUGGAGAGUUCACACUGGAGAGAAGCCUUAUGAAUGUGGGAAAGCUUUCAGCCAGAGCUCAGCCCUUAUUCAGCAUAAGAAAAUUCACACUGGAGACAAAGGCUAUGAAUGUAUUGAAUGUGGUAAGGCUUUUGAUAGAAGCUCUAUCCUUACUGAACAUCAGAGAAUUCAUACUGGAGAGGAACCUUAUGAAUGUAAUGAAUGUGGAAGAUCCUUCAAUCAGAGCUCAGCCCUCACCCAGCACCAGAGAAUCCACACUGGGAAGAAGCCUUCAAAAUGA